GGGAAAACAUCCCUCAUCCCGUCAUCAGACUUCAUAGAUGAAGGUGUGACGUACUCUUCUGAAGGAGCUAUUGAUGGGAAAACGGAACAAUGUGCUCACACCUUGAAAGAGUCAAACGCCUGGUGGAGAAUUACCUACAAAAUUUCUUGUAUCACUAUCUUCAACAAACAGCAUCAUAAUACUAAUAUAAGCGGUGCUCAGAUCUACAUUGGAAACUCUCGUGAGAACAACGGCCUUCGCCAACAGCAUGUGUCAAAACAUCACAACCUUCACGCAAGAAACAUGGAAUAGGUUUAAAUGUGACGUUUCAGGGCGCUACAUCUCUGUGUUCUUACCGGGAAGUAGCCAUUUAGUUCUGGGCGAAGUGAAGAUCAACGGAACAAUAAAAGAGUCACCCUUUGUGAUGAUCACAAAGAACAAAACAUGGGAAGAUGCCCUGUACUACUGCAGGGACAAAUACCUGGACCUGGCUUCCAUCGUUGAUGAAGAAACCCAAGCAUGGGCUGAGUCGGAGGCCAAGAAGGCCGACACUCCCUCUGUGUGGCUGGGCCUUCACUACACCUGCACCCUGGAGUUCUGGUCCUGGGUCGAUGAUCAACAAGUAAAAUUCAGUCUCUGGACUCCAGGGAAGAUAACAGAAGACUGUGACAUGAGUGGUGCCAUGGAGACACAAGACGGACGUCUCUGGUUCAGCAAGUCUGACAAGUUUAAUUUCAUCUGUGCAAAGUAAGAGAAAUCAGUGUUUUGUUUUUCUCAGCUCCUUUUUUUUUUCUUUGGACGCGUGUCAGUGGUGGCAUUGUUGUGUUGUGACAACCUCUCUCGUAUGUGUCGUACGUGAUGGGUUCAGGGCCAGUGCAGCAGCUUUCCAGAUAAAAGUGAUGGAAUGAAGCAGAGAGCGUUUCCACGCUCAUCUGAAGCGUAAACAUGGCUGACAACAAAACAGAUAUUACUUGCUUUUUUAGUUAACUGCGACAGUUGAUUUAAUUAGUUUCACUCCGUAUUUUAGGACAUGCAUGCACUCUACCUUUGUAAAAUGUUUGUAAUGUGUUUGAAGUUGUGUCAAUGUAUCCUUCAUUUGUAAUUCAUUCACAUUGAUAUAGUAGCAUAUUGUAGUGCAGCUAUAGUGCAUAUUGUAAGACUUUUGCUUCCACUGUUUUAUAAUUUAAUCAUCGAUGUGAGAACAUUAGGAAAACAUUUUUAUUCUCUUCUUGAAACUGGAUCCAUGGCUUUUGAAUGGGCUAUCUAUAUUUUGUUGAUUAAUUCUGAUGUGAAAAAAUAUACAAAUUCAGAAAUGUUUUAGAUGUCAAAUUUACACAAAUGGAAAACAAAAUGCAUUGCCAUUCAUGUUAAAUACAUUUUAUGUGGCCACAUAUAUAUACAUACACAUAUGCAUUUGCUGAUAUAAAACACUUGCAUUUGCAGCCUUCAAUAUGUAUUUUUGAAUGGCAUUUACUUAAGAAGUAAAUCUCCUCUGAAUGCAUAGGAAACAUAUGGUAAGUACUGCUUAUAUUCAUGUUUGGGUUAACGUUUUUGGUGGGGACACUUUCAUAGUAUUUGUUUUUUGAAUGCCAAUAUCAAGUCUAAAUAAAAGUUGAACUUGAAUUGUAUUUGAACAGUUAAUUCUCUUCAGUCCAAGCAGUGGCUGGUGCCAGGUGACACCACAUUACUCUAAACAAUGAUUGGCUAUCUGCCCAGAAUUCAAACAAACUGUUUGAUAUUUUUGAAUGUGCGUUGUUUUAUUUUGUAUGUAACCACUUUUGA